CAUUCUUCAAUACCGCACCGUCGUCCUUCCCCGCCACUUUUAGUCUCUGUCAACACCACACGUCCAUUGUUGGCGAUCCCCUCCAGCCGUAGCAUCAUAUCCGCCGCCCCCCUGGGUCUCUUUUGCGCCUCAUACCGACUCGACGACGAUUUCUGCAUCCCUCUUCUAUGGCAGGGCCAACCUCACCGGGCGCCGAGGGCCCCACGUAUGCCCCGCCCCAUCUUCCUGCUGGCUGGAUUGCCCAGUGGGAUGGUGCGAGCAAGAAGUACUACUUCGUGCAGCUUUCCACGGGUGUCUCGCAAUGGGAAACCCCGACUGAUGCCGCGCCCACCGGCGCGACACCUGCUCAACCUUCCGACCACCCCUAUGGUGUUCCUCAACCCGAGGUCAUCACCCAUCCUGACGGCAGCCAGACGGUGAAGCACGCCGAUGGCACCCUCGAACCCGUCAACCCCUCUAUGCCUCCCGAUACCACCAGCACGAGGGGCAUCGACGGCCAGACAGGAGACCGCGGACUCGGCGGCAGCAACGAUUUCGGGUACUCCAACAAUGCUUCUGGGGGCGGCGGAGGCGGAGGCGGAGGCUACACCGGCCAGGCUCCUCCUACUUCUUACCAGCCACCUGGUUCGUCUUCGCACAACCAGCACUCAUCUACUCCGGCCGGGGGUUCAUACCACUCUCCUGCGCAGAACCAGGGACAGAACCAUUCGCAGCAGUCAUAUGCUCCACCUCCUAACCAGUACCCCCCUCCGCCAAACCAAGGCCAACCUCAUCACAACAACACCUACGGCGCAUCGACUCAGCAGUCCCAUACUCAGUCAUACCCCCCUCCCCCGUCCAGUGGUGCCCCUUCGUACGGUCAGCAGUCCAGCUAUGGUGCCCAGCCAAACCAGCCAAACCAGCCGCAACAUCAACCGCAACAACAACAACAACAACAACAACAACAACAACAAUAUGGAGGAUAUAACCCGGCCACCUAUAGCAGCGGUCCACAAGGCCCUCAGACUGGAGCAGGAUAUCCCAGCCAACCCUCGUACGGCGGCCAGCCUUCCCAACCCAGCUAUGGCAACCACUACUAGAUGUCUGUCAAGAGACUGUUAUUCAGAGAGUGCUCCCGUAGCCGAGUAGGAUUUGAUGCGACUUUCGACGUCAACAGUACACAUGGGUUGUUGCACCUUGACAUUCGUUUCCUCCAAUAAGGUGUGCUCAAGAUUGACGCAUGGGACGCCAAUUUGGCGGGUAAAGCGGAUUUAAUU